UAGGCCCAUUUCUUAAACGUUACAACUCAGGUAAAAUAUAAUUUAAUUCUAUUUAUGCUUUAAAGAAAAGUAAAUAAAUUUCAAAGAAACGCUGUAAUCAAAAAAAGAAAAAUACAGGGAGAUGAAGAAACCGGGCGGCGGCGGAGGUGCGGCCGUCGAUAAGAAGCGCAGUAGGCGUUCAUACGGAGAGUCCAGCACUGAGACCCCUCCUAGGAAGCAAGCUGCAAAAAAGGACGUGUUUCAGAUUUUUGCUGAGAAAGUAAGAGAUCAUAAGAAUCUGGAGUCUAGAUGGGCUGUCUUACAAGAGACAAGAGUGGAAUAUUUUAGAGGAAAAGAUUUUGUUAGCUUUCUGAGAAAUCAUCCAGAUCUCAAAAACAUACUUGAAUCAGACAGGAACUUAGAAAUUGAAGAUAUAGGAGACAUUCUGCUGCGAAAAAAUCUUAUAGUGCGGUGUGAUCGUGUUGUCAAAACUCUUCGGCCUGGGAAGAAAAAGUUGUCUACAUGGCCUGCACAUUUGGAGUUAUUCUCGGAGCAAGUUUUUUCUGAUAAUGAUGCCUUCUUUGCUUGGACAUUUGUGAACCGAUGGCCGUUGUGGCAAACACUUCUCUCAUUUUUCUGGCCUGUUUUGACCAUUGCAAUCUGCUUGUUUCCUGUAUAUCCCCACCGCUGCAAGCUAUUUAUUCUCUACUUCUGUGCGGGUUUACUGCUGCUUAUACUUACCCUGCUUCUCUUAAGAGCCUUUGUCUUCGGAUCUCUAUGGAUACUUCUUGGAAAGCGUGUCUGGAUUUUCCCGAACAUUCUUGCAGAGGAAGCAACACUCAAGGAAUUAUUCCAGUUUUGGCCCAAGAAGGAUGAGGAUGAGCGUCCGAAGUGGACGGCUAGGCUAUUUUAUACAAUAGUAGCCGUGGUGGUCAUUUUACUUCUGAGGCACCAUGCUCCUGAUGAAGCCGCUAGAGCCAGGUAUCAGAAGCGGGUUUCCAACAUAAUUGAUGACGUUCUUGAGUGGUCCCCAAGUCUUGCACUGUCGGGGAUGAUGGAAAAGCAAACAGUGUUUAAUGCUACCGAUCCUGAUAGUAAUGUCACUGAUGGGAGUAAAACCACUACAGAACAGACGGCUCAACCUGAGGAUGUAGAGGGUGAUAUCAUCACGGAUGAACAUGAAGUCGAACAACCUAUUGAAAAUUCAGAAGAUACAGAUCACCAAUAAUCAUUGUUGCCAUUAUCUGUAAUUGUAAAGCAUGAAAUCUCAAUUGGACAACAGGAUACAGAAAUUUUUGUUUCAUUUUGCUUCUUUAACGUCGAAUUAUGUUUUUACUUCUUUAUUUUUAGUUGUCUCGAGAGUAUAACUUUGUAAUUUAUUCUGUAUAAGAUGGCAUUCUUACUAGAAAACUAAUUGCAGUGGUUUCUUCUGA